UAGCCAUAACCGUAACUUAAAAGCUUUAUUUUUGUUUACAGUAGUAUGGAUGUCAAAGUCUCUAUGGUAUUGUAAGACUGGGAGUUAUUUCACUAUCUAUCUAGUAGAAAUAGUUUUAGCUAGAAAUAAAGUAUACUCAAUUCCUUUUAAAAACAUAAUGGCGAACGACGACGAUCAGAAAGGUUAUAGGUGGGAGACGGAAUAUGAAAAAACUUGGGAGGCCAUUCGUGAAGAUGAACAUGGUCUUUUGACAUCCAGUUUGGAAGAAAUUGUACAUAAAUCCCGAAGAAAGAGACUCUUAGAGAAAAAGAAUCUUAAAUUGGGUAUGAUGCGUCAUCUUUACUUGGUCAUCGAUACCUCAGAGACUAUGUUAGAGCCAGAUCUCAAGCCCACCCGGUAUCUCUGCACGAUCAAACUCCUCGAAAAAUUUGUUGAGGAAUAUUUCGAUCAAAAUCCAAUCAGUCAACUCGGUAUAAUAUGCACUAAGAACAAGAGAGCCGAGAAGAUUACAGAGUUAGCUGGCAACCCUCGAUCGCACAUCGAUGUCUUACAAAACUUGUCAAAAUCCGCUUGCGUUGGUGAGCCUUCUCUACAGAACUCUCUCGAUCUAGCAGCACAAACUCUGAGAUUCAUGCCUACUCACACCAGCAGAGAAAUAUUAGUCAUAUUCGGUAGUUUAACGACCUGCGAUCCUGGGGACAUCUACGAAACAAUUGAUUCUUUGGUGUCUCACAACAUUCGUUGUUCAAUCAUCGGACUAGCGGCAGAAUUAGUUGUGUGUAGGAAAAUCGCUAAAGCGACGCAGGGAAUGUAUAGCGUAGUCAUCGAUGACUCUCAUUUCAAGGAAUUGCUGUACGAGCAAGUGUCCCCGCCUCCUGCUACGAGUAGCACAGAAUCGUCACUCAUCCGCAUGGGGUUCCCCUAUCACCAAAGCAAAAGUGAAGGCAAACCAUCCAUGUGUAUGUGUCACCUGGAUAGUAAAGAACCCCAUCAAGGGUUCGGAACGGAGGGUUUUUACUGUCCACAGUGUAACAGUAAAUAUUGCGAACUCCCCGUGGAAUGCAAGGCUUGCGGUUUGACUCUAGUCUCUGCGCCCCAUUUGGCUCGCUCGUUUCACCACUUGUUUCCCCUCGACUGUUUCAACGAAAUGUCUGUUGCAAAUUUGGACCCUGAAAUUAAUAGGUAUUGUUAUAGUUGCCUGACUAUUUUUAACGAGCAAACAGUUUAUCAGUGCGGUGCUUGUAAAAAUAUAUUUUGUUUAGAGUGUGAUCUUUUCAUUCAUGAUUCACUUCACGCCUGUCCAGGAUGUUCCAGCUCUAGGAUAUGUUAAUUAAUUUGUAUCUAAAAGUUCCAUCAAUAGCUUUGAUAUUAAAUAAUGAUUAAUUUUUGAUGUUA